GGUCGGCUGAAAAUUGUGUCCUCCAUCGGUUUUCUUCAGUUUUCCAGCAAGUGGGUUAUUUUAUGGAACUAUUUCCUCAAUUAUUGCAUUGUUUCCUUCUUUUCAUGACGAAACUGCUACCAUAGGAAGAUUCGUGGGGACCUAGGAAAGGAGGAUUAACCGAAGGAGUGCUGGACGGGCUCGGAACUGUGAUGCUUGGGUCUGUGCGUUUCCCGCCGAGCUAGUAAUGCUGCGUGACCCGGUUUAGCUGCUGGAAAAAGGACGGUCUCGCUAGUGGGGAAGUAUGUCAAGUUUCUCUAGGGCGCCCCAGCAAUGGGCCACUUUUGCUCGAAUGUGGUACCUGUUAGAUGGGAAAAUGCAGCCCCCUGGCAAACUUGCUUCUGUGGCAUCCAUAAAACUUCAAGGAUUACAUAAACCUGUGUACCAUCCACAAAGUGACUGUGGGGAUCAUGUCGUCAUUAUGAACACAAGACACAUUGCAUUUUCUGGAAACAAAUGGGAACAAAAAGUAUACUCCUCACAUACUGGCUACCCAGGUGGAUUUAGACAAGUAACAGCUGCUCAGCUUCACCAGAGGGAUCCAGUGGCGAUUGUAAAACUAGCUAUUUAUGGCAUGCUGCCAAAAAACCUUCACAGAAGAACAAUGAUGCAAAGGUUGCAUCUUUUUCCAGAUGAGGAUAUUCCAGAAGAUAUUCUUAAGAACUUAGUGGAAGAGCUUCCUCAACCACGAAAAAUACCUAAACGUCUAGAUGAGUACACACAAGAAGAAAUAGAGGCUUUUCCAAGAGUGUGGUCUCCACCUGAAGAUUAUCGGCUAUAGGAGAAUGAGAAUUGCAGAAAAUAAGAGUGAGGUGAUUGAAACUUGUUUCUGAUGAGUUUCUCUAACCUUCAAGGCAGAGUGAACCAACUGCUACAGCUCAGCAUGUGUUACAGGUGCUGAAUGUUUGUGGGGAAAGAUCAGGAAGGUAUAUUCCUUCAACAAGAAAUUGUAAUAAAAUACACUAUUUAAUAGAAUUAUUUUAUUAUGUAAUCUUACUUGAAAGUUAUAAAUGAUAAGAAUAAAAUUGCUUACUUGGUUAACU